UUCACUGGCAGACUGCAGUGGGACAGUCAGACUGGACUCUUCACCAUCACACAUCUGAGGGCAGAGGAUUCUGGGACGUAUGUUGUCGACUGUAAAGAUGAACAGAGUAAACUUGCAACAUUCCAACUGGAAGUCUACAAGAACAUGUCCACACCAACAGUGACAUGGAUACGAUCAGGGAGAAAGAACUGCUCGGUGCUGUGCUUUGUGGAGAAUGGAAGAGAGGUCACUCUAUCCUGGCUGAAUGGGGAGAAGCUGUUCCACACCAGCAGCCCUGAUAUCAACACCUCUUUGUCUCUCCUUCUGGAGUUAGAGGGAAAGGGACACAUCUACUACUGUGAGACAAAGAACCCUGUCAGCUCACAGCUCUACUGGCUGGACGUACCACCAAACUGCACUGAGGAUUCAGCAUAA